AGCAAAAUACAGAACUACAUUUCCCAUGUUCCACUUCGUGGGAGCGACCGUAAACAGAAGAUUACGGAAACAAAAGAGGUUUUUAUAAAAACACACAACACAAACAUAUCCCGGGCUGUCGAAGUACUACAGGGACAAACUACAUCCACCGACUUCGCUUCUGUUAACAGAAGUUCAGAGAAAGAACGAGUAAAAGUGAGUCGACGACCGAACCGCUCCAGUCAACAUGGCACUGAAGAGAAUACAGAAGGAGUUGCAGGACCUGCAGAGAGACCCUCCAGCACAAUGUUCUGCUGGACCAGUGGGAGAUGACCUGUUUCAUUGGCAGGCGACCAUAAUGGGUCCGGGUGACAGUCCUUACCAAGGAGGAGUUUUCUUUCUCACAAUCCACUUCCCUACCGACUACCCAUUUAAGCCACCAAAGGUAGCAUUUACAACAAAGAUUUAUCACCCAAAUAUAAAUAGCAAUGGGAGUAUCUGUUUGGACAUUCUACGGUCACAGUGGUCUCCAGCACUGACAGUGUCUAAAGUUUUAUUGUCCAUAUGUUCAUUGCUUUGUGAUCCAAACCCUGACGACCCCUUAGUUCCAGACAUAGCACACAUCUACAAGAACGACAAAGACAAAUACAACAGACUAGCAAAAGAAUGUACCCAAAAGUAUGCCAUGUAAAGAAAAAAAAAAAGAUAAAAACAUGCUGAGAAUUUUUCUUUAUCCUUCAUUUUUUAAGUCACAACACACUGUACAUUAUAGUAUAGAAUCAUGAAGUAAUCUUAGUUGAACUGUCAUUAUUAUUCUAUGGAAACCCUGAACAGCCAUGGGUCAAACAAUUUCCUCUGUUUUGCUGCAACAAUGUACUGAAUAUAGUUUUUCUCACAACCACAAGUUAUUUACGUCAUUAUCACGGAAUGCAUUUACCAGUUAUCAUGAUAAAACAAAACCAUGUUCCUACUUAUUACUUAAAGAGAUCAAUAGUGCCUUGCCAGCAUGCGUACACAACAUCUUGACAAUUGUAGCCACUGAUGUCAGAUUGAGGAGUGCUCUUUAUUGAUCAGUGCAUCAGAACGAACAUUUGUUUUGUAUGUACUUUUUUGGCACACCAUGCAAACAAGCACUGACGUUGGUAGUUUUUAAAAAAAAAUUUCCACAGGCCAACAAGAAGUUGUAGCCUGCUGACGAUCAACUCAAGCAAAUGUUACUACAUUUGCUUGAGUUGAUCUUCACUGUAUGUAAGACUGUUAUUUCAUCUGCCCUGUCUCUACACAGAAUGGAUGAUUUAAGCAUUGUAGCUGCUUACACUGUAAUUUUACCUGUCACCAUACACCUUACAUAACGAUCACUCCAGCCAGCUAAUCCUCACAAGUGUCUCACUCUUUAAAGUCCACGUGGGAACAAACAUUACAUUAAAAUACUAUUGUUACAACUAUAAUUUACAGUAGCCAUCAUGUAAAUGCCCUCAUAUCAGAACAACAGGUAAAGCAUUCAAAAGUUCAUAUGGUUGACUUUGAAGCUCUCAAACCAACACUACGGAGCAGUGUGUGUAUGUCAUGAUCCACUCUUAUGAAUGUAUCAUAUGAUAAAUGAUCUCCUUGUCUUGGCAAAAUAAACAGUUAUCUUUUGAUAAUGACAUAAAUAGCUUGGGAUCUCAUGAAAACAAAGAAAAUGUAAUUUGUUAUCACAGGGAAAUAGAGGAAAUAAGAUAUUUGACCCAUAGCCACUCAGGGUCUCCGUACUAACCAGACCAUGUCAUGUACAUUAUUAUUAUUUUUUUAUUGGUGGAGAGGGUUAUUUCGCAGAUGCAAUUGCCUGUGGUCAUUUAAUGGAGGCAGUUAAAAGUCAAGUUAAGCAUGUCGUUUUUGCGUCGAGGAAAUUGUAUUCAUGAUACACAAGUUUAUUAGAAAUUGUUUUACAUCAUUCUUGAUUAUUGGAUCAUCCACCAUAUGCUAGUCAGCAACAAGCCAUUUUUCUAGAGGGGCUGAAUAAUAGUGCCAUUGGAUGGCAUACAUGUAAUAAAAAAAAAAGCUGCUCCAUAACUGGAUAAUCCCAGAUUCAGAUCCAUCAGCAGUUACAAAGGAACGCACUGAACCAUACUGGAAAUAUGGAAGGGUGCAAGCCAAAUAUGGAAUCCCUCCAUUCUGACAUGUAUGUAAAACAAAAGAAGAAUGACGCGGUCAUGAUGCCCCCUUUAACAUGAAACCUUCAGCUCACUUUGUGUACUGAGCAUUGGAGGUUGUUGUUGAGUUAUUUUGCAUCUUGUAGCAGACAAAGUUGAAUGGAACAAUGUGCUUCUGCAGUUGGCCUGAAUACUGGAAGCAAUUCCAAGUUGAGUGACGUAUUACUGUGUUCUUCAUCUCUUAUUAUUCUUACCAUUCAUAUUUGUAUUCUUUUUAUUGUAUAGUAUUUAAAAUAUAUUGAACUCCAAUAUGUUUUAUAUCGUUUUAUUUAAAUUAGUCAUCACAAUAUGAAUCUGACAUUAAAACAGUGUACUCUUUGCCUGAUGUUUGGUUGGAUUUACACAGGCACAAAGAUCAGAUUUUUAACGUGUAUCUAAGGGUUUAAUAUGUUCUUCUUGUUGACCUCCAUUCUGUCUGUUUAUCCAUCUAUUAUGUGAAAAGGGUAAAAUGCCAUUGUCUGUUCUUGUAUAAACAGUCUCUCGUGUCUGAGACCUGUGUGGCACCUUUUGUACUGAAUUAAAGAAUGGUACGAUUUUUAUGA